AUGACAGACUAUGAAGAUUCACCACCAUCACCUAAACGAUAUAAAUCAGAAACAACAAGUGAUCUUGAAGUAUCACCUGUAUUAACAGAUUCCUAUCAAGAAAAUAGUUUUGCUUACGAAAGAAAAAUUUUUAAUGAUCCAAUACAUGGUUUAAUUGAAUUACAUUGGUUACUUGUUAAAAUAAUUGAUACACCACAAUUUCAAAGACUACGACGUCUUAAACAACUUGGUGUAUCCUAUGAAGUUUUUCCUGGAGCUUGCCAUCAAAGAUUUGAACAUUCACUUGGAACAUGUCAUCUUGCUGGAGAAUUAUUAGCACAUCUUUGUCAACGACAACCAGAAUUAAAUAUUACAUCUCAAGAUAUUUUAUGUGUUCAAAUGGCUGCUCUUUGUCAUGAUCUUGGUCAUGGACCAUUUUCUCAUAUGUUUGAAGAAGUCAUUGCAGAACUUCGUCCAGAUAUAAACUGGCAACAUGAACAAGCUUCAAUUGAUAUGUUUGAAUAUAUAAUCAAUACAAAUAAAUUAAAACCAUUUUUCGAACAAGUUGGUCUAAAUGACAUCGAUAUUAUUUUUGUAAAAGAACUUAUUUUUGGUCAAUUAGGUCAACAAAACAAUGAUCAGAAUUGGCCAUACAAAGGUCGAAAUAUAUCCAAAUCAUUUCUUUAUGAGAUUGUUUCGAACAAAUUGACUGGCAUUGAUGUUGAUAAAUUUGAUUAUUUUGCUCGUGAUUCAUAUUAUUUGGGAACAAAAAUUUCAUUUGAACAUAUGCGAUUUAUUAAAUUCUAUCGCGUAAUUAAAGUUGAUGAUGGUAAACUUCAUUUAUGUUUACGUGAUAAAGAAGUGAAAGCAUGUUAUGAAAUCUAUCGAAUUCGAGAUGAUCUUCAUCGACGUGCAUAUCAACAUCCAGUUGUUAAAGGCAUUGAAUUGAUGCUUAAAGAAGUAUUUAUUAUAGCAAAUGAUCAUUUAUUCUUUACUAGUAAAUCAGGAAAAUGUGAUAUUCGUCUUGCUUCUACUGUUGAUGAUAUGUUUACAUUUAAUCAAGUCGAUGAUCAUAUUACAACAUUAAUAAAACAUUCACAUCAUCCAAAUAUGGAUAAAGCCAAAGAAAUUAUCGAUAAAAUUGAACGUCGAGAAAUUUAUCGAUAUAUUGGAGAUACACAUGUAUCAUGGACAGCGGAUUUUAAAAAGAAAGCAUGCAAAAGUGCUUGUCAAGAUAUUAUUAAAUAUUGUCAUUUCGAUGAAAGUGACUGUCAUAUUACACCAAAUGAUCUUGUUAUACUGACAGUUGAAUUAACAUGUGGUGAUCGAGGUGAAGAUCCACUUCAAAAUAUGUGGUUUUAUACAAAAGUAUGUCCAAAUAAAGCAACAAGAAUUUCAAAAGAACAAGUUUCAACACUUUUACCACAAACAUUUCGUGAACGUAAUAUUCGUCUAUAUUGUAAAAUUCGUGAUCAACAUAUUUGUUCCAUUGUUCGUUGUGGUUUUAAAGAAUUCUGUAUAGCAAAAGGAUAUGCUAUACCCAAGGGAAGUGAUCAAUGGAUAGCAAUGUCACCAAAAGUUGGACGAGUACUUGCAUCAUCGCUAAGUGUUGUUGAGCAACGUGUUGAAUUGAAAAAAUCUACAUCCUUAUAG